AUGCUUUCCUCUCCAGCACAUCAAAGAAAAACACCCGUUGCUCUUUCAUUUAUGAGAAUGAAAAUCAAGGCUCAGUACCGCUCAACGCCGCCACUUCCGCAUGGGGCGGCGCCUCAGGGUUAUGAACCCAUAGCCGCCAAAGUCUGCAUCGCAAAGUCCAUGGGAAAAACAGGGCAGCGACAAAAAGUCUCAUAUCCCAACUGGUCAUUUUUUUUUCCACCAGUACCUUGCCAAGAAAAAAAGAAGAAAAAAAGAAGAAGAAAUGCCGCGCAAGAGAUGGCCGAUCAACCGAGGUUGACAAUGCGGCAAGCCAAGACUGGGCGCCCAUUAGCCCGACAGCCGCCGUCAUCGGGGGCGUAUUCACCAAGACUCUCGGCAGGGGCGUCAUGGAUGGUGUGGCGGAAGGGGCGGCUUGGCUGCCGCGCCUCCCGCGAGACAUCAUACCGAUACCAGAUCGAUUCCUCAUCCAGCCUCGCACACAUGUGUUCCCGUGUAUUCCCACAAAGUCCACAGCACAUGUCAUGA